GCUCGUCUCUCCACCAUGUUGGGCGAGACUUCACCACCAGCACCCCGCGCCCCGCCACCCCCUCCCCCCAAACAGUCCCGCCUCAAGCGCACGCUACACACGCUCCGCUCUUCGUUCAGCUCGGGCUCGCCCUUCCACAUCGCGUCGUUCGGCCGCUCCGCUACGUUCUCAGUAUCGGAUAGCGAGAUCGCGCGGGACGAACGCACUAUGCGUAAGAAGAAUAAGAAAAUCCGCGCAGACGCGUCGGCCGCUUCCUCGCGGAGCACUGACAGCUCGCCUGUCGUCGACAAAAAGAAACCCCUGGGACUGCUCAAGAAGAUGGGGAGCAUAGGUAAGAGGAGGGGGGAGUGUUCUACGACACCCUCGCUCAGUGAAAUCGAAACCGAUCCGGAUCCUGAACCGCAAAAGGUAACCGAUCAGUGUGACAAAACGGAACAAAGUAUCGAACCCGACACCAUAAACAUGGCGGGUAACGAACCACCGGAACAAACGACAAAUAUAAAUAAAAACAAUGAAAUCACACAAAAUAAAAUAGAAGAACAAAAAACAGUGUUUGAUCACAAUAGUCCUAAAGAUCACAUACCAGAUAUUAAACAAUCUACGUCAUCGGAUCAAUCCACAACAGUUGGUAAGGAAACGACAACAGACCAAAACAAAGAAUCCGGAAACGGUUUAGAUCAAAACAUAGAAGUAAAUGAGAACGCUAAGUUCGAUAAAAACAACGACAGUGUGGAUUCAAAUAAACUUGUACACCAAACACAAUCAGAUCCGGAGGCAUCGCCGCGAAAAAGUUCAAGACCUCGUUUAUCCAUGACGGAAUCGGAGCCAUUCAUUCCCAUAGCCGUCGAACACCCUGUGGCCAUGCGGGCCUUCACUAAGGCCGCCUGGAAAAGACGCAGCAACACCGUCAUAGUGAGGCCUGUCGAGGAGCCGAGUCCGGAGGGCACUAUGAAGAGGCGCAUCGCAUUCGUAGCUCAAACGUCGGUGGCGCUCUCCGAGGAGCAGGACGACGACGAAGACGACGAUGACGACGAGGGAAAGGACAGCGGGGGCGAGGUGGGGUCGCUAGAGGAGGCGGUGGCGCUGGCCAGGCAGCGGCUGGCCCAGGCCGUGCACUCGCCCGCGCCGCCGCAGUCGAGCGACAACUUUGACGCCGAAGAGGAGGGAGGUGCGGACGCGAUGCCGGCCUACGGAGACCUCAUAGAGCCGGAGAACAAGGCCGGCAGCGACGACGAACCGUCUCACGCUACAGCCAGCGCUGAAAGGCGGGAGCAUCUUUACAAGAUCCUGGUUAUUGGGGAACUUGGUACGGGGAAGACUUCAAUAAUCAAGCGAUAUGUCCAUCAGUUCUUCAGUCAACACUACCGCGCGACCAUCGGAGUGGACUUCGCUCUCAAAGUACUUAAUUGGGAUGCGAAUACGAUAAUACGCUUGCAGCUAUGGGAUAUAGCGGGUCAAGAGCGUUUCGGCAACAUGACCCGCGUGUACUACAAGGAGGCAGUAGGCGCGUUCAUAGUUUUUGAUGUAUCUCGCGUAGCCACCUUCGACGCUGUUGUCAAGUGGAAGAACGAUCUCGAUACUAAGGUGCAGCUUCCUGAUGGUUCACCCAUACCGUGCAUACUGCUGGCGAAUAAGUGCGAUCAACAAAAGGAAGGUAUAGUGAAUUCUCCCGGGAAAAUGGAAGAGUACUGUCGGGAAAAAGGCUUCGCUGGCUGGUUCGAGACAUCAGCGAAAGAGAAUAUCAACAUCGAAGAAGCUGCUCGCUCUUUAGUUAACAAGAUUCUUCUAAACGACAAGCUUCUACAAAGCAGCGAUAAAGACGGCGAGCGCUUCGCUCUCGAUCACAAGAUCGCCAACGGUGAGAACAGCCGUGCAGCUGGCAGCAGCAAGUCCUGCGCCUGCUGAUUCACAACCAGACGAACAUUAUAUGAUAGAGGAAAUAAAUUGUUAUAUAAUAUAUGGUGCGUAAGUGAAUUAUUUAUUACAAAUGCUAAGAAGUCUAUCUCCAUAUAGCUAUGCGCUAUGGACCGAAAUAACCUCUUGCCUUAAUAUUUCUCAAAUCAUUUACAUUCCGUUUCCAUUCUAUAACUUAUAAACGAUUAGAUUUUGUUUUAUACGGACGUGUAUUAACAAUGUUCUGUUUGUUUCGUGACUCGACAGCUUCAUUAAAACGACAGAUGUUUAUGUUUUACAAUGCGUUGUAUUAUUUCGUUUUGCUUCAUACUCGGCGACGUCUCGUCUGUUUGUGAAGCCGUAGGCCUUAUUUUUUCGCCGUUCUUAUACAAAUUUAAAUUAUUGGAAUUAUGAUUCAAAGUUUGCUCUAUUUUAUUAUAAAUAUAAGUCGUCUCGGACUAUACUCUUCCUAUCCACAAAUUGCACGUUCCAAGAGAAUGUGACUGAGCUUUAAAAUCAUCAAUGGCUUUUCAACCUAUAAUCAUUAUAACAAUAAAUCUCUGUAAUAAUUAAAUAUAUAUUAAUUAUUGAUGAGUCGUGCGAUGGAAUUUAAAUUUUAGGACGCGAUUUCAUCGUUAACUUUGUUUUAAUUGCUUUUGUAAUUAUCGAUAAUAAUAUUAACUAAGUUCUUAAAGAAAGUACAAGAUGUUAUAUUUUUUAUGUUCCGAUAAUGAUUAAGUUUUUUGUGUACCGAUGAUGUUUAUACGCGAUGCUGUGGGUCGGAUCUAGAGAUAACUUACUCUUAUACUGUUUGAUCGUAAAAUCUUUUAUACAGGUUAAUAGUGCCUCAUUAUGAAUUUUGUAUCACUGAAGUGACUUAUUUUGUAACGAAUGUUUCUUAUGGAAGUGUUGCAACAAUUCCAUAUAAAAUAUAUGUUUAUAGGCGAAUAAUGUUCACUCGUUAUCUUAUUAUUAAGUAUUAACUGUAUGAGAGCGUGUGAAGUUGAUGCAAUAAAAUGUUUUAAGAUUG